AUGAGUAUUUUCGAAUCGACAUCAAACUUAAGCCUUGGUCAGGCGAUAUACAUUUCUCGUUCAACAACUCAAAUAAUCGAAUCAGUUUAUGAUAAAAUAACUUAUGGUGUGUAUUCAAUUAUACUUAUACUUAGUGUAAUUCAAACAUUUUGGAAAAAUAAACGUAUUAAUCAUCUAUUGAGUUCUAUAAUCGAAGCUUAUUCCGAUGGGAAAUUCGAAUCUCAUCAAGUUUGUUUGCGUCAACAAAUUGUAACUUGUUACCGGUACGAUAAACGUUUCUCUCAUAUUCCUCAUCCAAAUCGAAUAAUGUUAUUUAUAACUGCUAUUCAUAUACAACUACUGAUGUAUAUUGCAGUGACAACUUUAUUAAUUCGAACAACUAUACUUGUGAAUGAUUGUAAAUCACUUCAAUUUCCAUUGGAAGUUCUUCAAUGUCAAAAUAAUCAAGAUCCUUGUCCAUCAAAUGGAACAGAAACUGCUAUACAAUGUACAUAUUAUUCAUUUGAAAUGACGAAUAUUAUUACAAUGGUAACAUCUGUGAUUAGUUGGCAUUAUGGUCUCCGUUAUUUUGCUGUUAAAUUAAUCCGUUUCAUUCGAUGGACCUUAUUUCAUAAUAAUGAUCGUCCACGAAAAUUAUUUUGUCGUUGUUGUCGAGCAACAACACGUCGUUUACGGUGUAUCAUGUAUGUGGAUUAUACCAUAUUAUGGAUCUAUCUUCUUACCACAGCUGUACUUGGUUUUGCUUAUAAUAUAAGUAUUUUUCAAAUACCAGUUGCUUCGUUUGGUCCUGCAUGGACACCCAUACUUAUGACAGUAGAUAGAAUAUUUACGCUCAAUACGGCAUUAGUUCCUGAAUUCUUACAGAAUUGGUUAGAUGUAACAGCAAAUGGCGAAGUUUUACCAGUUUUGGAGUCAAAAGGAUUACUUCUUAACGAUGCUGAGCCACUUAUAUAUUUAACUGCUAAGAAAAACAAAACUUCUGCAUCAAGUACAAACAAACUAUGUCAUAGCAAUAUUGUUGAAUGA